AUGUGGGAGGCGAAGCUGGAGCCUAAUCUGGGCCGGGAUCAGCGCUUGCGAGAAAGGUCAGCAGUGGCAGCGGGCCCUGUCGCUGCUCAGCGAGAUGUUGGGGUCGAAGUUGGAGCCCACUGUUAUCAGCUACAACGCCGGGAUCAGCGCUUGCGAGAAAGCUACAACGCCGGGAUCAGCGCUUGCGAGAAAGGUCAGCAGUGGCAGCGGGCCCUGUCGCUGCUCAGCGAGAUGUUGGGGUCGAAGUUGGAGCCCAGCUACAACGCCGGGAUCAGCGCUUGCGAGAAAGGUCAGCAGUGGCAGCGGGCCCUGUCGCUGCUCAGCGAGAUGUUGGGGUCGAAGUUGGAGCCCACUAUUCUCAGCUACAGUGCCGGGAUCAGCGCUUGCGGAAAAGGUCAGCAGUGGCAGCGGGCCCUGUCGCUGCUCAGCGAGAUGCGGGAAGGGAAGCUGGAGCCCGACGGCAUCAGCUACAGUGCCGGAAUCAACGCGUGUCGGAACGGGAAGGAGUGGCAGCGGGCCCUGUCGCUUGUCGUCGAGGUGUUUGAGGUGAAAGUGCAGCCCGACUACAGGUUUCACGAAGCCGCAAUCGUCGGCUGCGAGAAGGACGGGGCGUGGCAGCAUGCGCUGUGGCUUUUCGGCACGCUGCUGCAGGCGAGGACGGAGCCCACUGUGGCCGCCCGCAGCGCUACGCUCCGAGCCGUGGUCGAGGGCAGGCGUCGAGCCGCCGGAAGCCGACCUUGCUGA